AUGUUAACAGCCAGUCAACUAGAUGCUAUUAAAGAUCUCAUAAAUAUUUUAAAACCCCUGGAAGCUGUAACAAAAGAAGUAUCAGUGGAAAAAUUUGUAACGUCAAGCAAAAUUAUACCAAUAGUGUCCUGCCUUUUGGAAACUUAUAGUGUGAUGAAGACAGAAACGAAUAUUGGUGCUGCAACAAAAAAUUUGAUAUUGGAAGCGUUAAGGAAGAGAUUUGGUACAGUGGAACAAGUUCAUAUGUUAGCUAUCACCACACUACUGGAUCCUAGAUUCAAAAAAAUUCAUUUUUCGGAUAGAAUAGCAUGCUCCAGAGCUAUUGAUAAAAUUAAUAGUAUGAUUAUCAAUUCAAAAAAACAAUUACACAAUAAUUUAAGUCAUGAAGAGCCAGAGAACAAUUUGGAAAACCAGCUGAAGGAAGCAGAAGAAUCCAACAUUUCAGAAUUCCACAAUAAGUUGGUAAAAAUUCAGCGACAAUCACUUCGACAAGAAAAUCAAGGACAAGGCUUAGAUGAUGAAUUCAAACGUUAUUUAACACAGCCUGUCGUCGACUUCAAAACGAUGGCUCCUAUCACAUAUUGGUAUCACCAAAGAAAUUCUUUGUACAGCUCAAUAACUCCGAUUGCCAACAAAUACUUUUGCGUAGUUGGAACAUCUGUUCCUUGUGAAAGGCUUUUUUCUGUUGCAGAAAAUAUUGCAACUGACGAAAGGAGUUGUCUAGAUCCUGAGCGAUUGGAUAAAUUAAUUUUUUAA